AUGAGAAAAUAUCGCAACUCCAUUUUUUCCAUAUUACUAAGCACAUCCCUUGGAUGGAAUAUAAACCAACUUUAUCGUCAAAAUAAUUUAAAUAUUUAUGGAUUGAAAAAUGAUCAUGAUAUUAUUAUAGUUAGACAUAUUAACAUUUAUGAUAAAAAAGAUAAUCAAAAUAAUGAAAGUAAUGAAAAUAAUAUUUUAAAUGAAAAAGAAUUACUUAAUUUUUUAGAUCAAUUUACUACUAUCAAUAAAAAAUAUAAAGGCUUCUGUGAAACUAGCGUUUUUAAAAAUUCCACUUUUUCCUCAAAUAUGAAAAAUGAAUAUUCUGAUGGGACUUUUAAUACUUAUCUUGUUAUAGAUAAAUGGAAAAAUCAAAAAGAUUUUGAAAAAUCAAAAAAAGAAUUUCAAAAUCUAUUUCUAUAUAAUAAUCAUAUAUAUAAUAAAAAAAUGCAAGACUUUUAUUAUAAUUUUCAAAUGUAUAGAAAUAAUUAUGAAACCACAUCGGCAACAAAUAUAUUCACAAAAUUGUUUUCAAUGAUAUUUUAA